AUGGCUCGUCGCAGUCGAUCGACGGUGGCAUGCCUGCUGGUCCUGGCCUGCCUUCUGUGGAACGUCGGAGAGCUGACCUUUGCGACUCCAGCCGCGCACUGGACGUCCACUGAGUCCACUGCCGACUCCACUGCUCUCACCAGGUCCUCCUCAAGGACCUUUGCGGUCGGACAGCUGCCCCGUGACAACUCCCCGGUGACCACCUCGGCUGCGGCGGCCAGCGCCACCUUCUUCACCAAGGUCUUCGCGGCUGGUGCACAGGGUGCCACGGCAGCCUUCGUGGCGGCGAUUUUGUCGGCGAUGGCUGAGCCGCUGGUGAACCGCUUGCUGGUGAAGCGAAUGACCGUGGGCCAGGCCAUGAAGGAGAUGAACUUCAAGCUUAUCGCUAACUUCUUCCUGACGACCUUCCCCACCAACAUGCUGAAGUUCCCAGUGUUCGAGAUCAUCAAUAUGGCGAUGACCUUCACUGCCUUCAGCCCUGGAUUGAGUGGAACAAUCAGCGGUUUCCUCUUCUGCACCGUCAUGCUGCCAGUGACCAACUACCGCUUCCGCAAGAGCAUGGGCUGGGAGAUUAAGCCAGCUCUGCUGUAUCAGGCCUAUGUGCCAACGGUUGCCCGCGACAUCAUCUAUGGCUUUGCGCGUGGCUGGGUGGCUGUCGUGGUAGCAGGUUUCUGCGCACCGACAUCCUUUGUGGGGCAGUCUGCCGUUUUCGCCUUCACCAUUUGGGCCGCAUGCAUCCUCUCCUCGCCGUGCAACGAAUGGAGAGGAUUCACUUUGCAGCCCAAGGACAAGAAGCUUUCUUUCGGUGAGUACUUCAAGCCCGUCAACUAUGCCCGCUCCACAGGCAUCGGCGCCACCAUCAUGGGAAUUGCCCUCUUCGUCGGCAGGCUGGUGACGCCGUACGCCGAGACGGCCUGCGCGUACUUCAAGGUGCACCCUCUGGUGGGUGUUGGCAUCCUGGCUGUCCUGGCGGGAGGCUUGAAGGUCAUCACUUCCGGGGAGGAGGAGAAGGAGGAGACGAAGGAGGAGCAGAAGGAGGUGCGUCGCAGUCGAUCCACGGUGGCAUGCCUGCUGAUCCUGGCCUGCCUUCUGUGGAACGUUGGAGAGCUGACGUUUGCGACUCCGGCUGCCCACUGGACGGCCACUGAGUCCACUGCCGACUCCACUGCUCUCACCAGGUCCUCGAGGACCUUUGCGCUGGGACAGCUGCCCCGCGACAACUCCCCGGUGACCGCCUCGGCGGCGGCGGCCAGCGCCACCUUCUUCACCAAGGUGUUCGCGGCUGGUGCUCAGGGAGCCACGGCAGCCUUCGUGGCGGCGAUCCUCUCCGCCAUGGCCGAGCCGCUGGUGAACCGCUUGCUGGUGAAGCGAAUGACUGUGGGCCAGGCCAUGAAGGAGAUGAACUUCAAGCUCAUCGCUAACUUCUUCCUGACCACCUUCCCCACCAACAUGCUGAAGUUCCCAGUGUUCGAGAUCAUCAAUAUGGCGAUGACCUUCACUGCCUUCAGCCCUGGAUUGAGUGGAACCAUCAGCGGAUUCCUCUUCUGCACCGUCAUGCUGCCGGUGACCAACUACCGCUUCCGCAAGAGCAUGGGCUGGGAGAUCAAGCCGGCGCUCUUGUAUCAGGCCUAUGUGCCAACAGUGGCCCGCGACAUCAUCUAUGGCUUUGCGCGUGGCUGGGUGGCUGUCGUGGUAGCAGGUUUCUGCGCACCGACAUCCUUUGUGGGGCAGUCUGCCGUUUUCGCCUUCACUAUUUGGGCCGCAUGCAUCCUCUCCUCGCCGUGCAACGAAUGGAGAGGAUUCACUUUGCAGCCCAAGGACAAGAAGCUUUCUUUCGGUGAGUACUUCAAGCCCGUCAACUAUGCCCGCUCCACAGGCAUCGGCGCCACCAUCAUGGGAAUUGCCCUCUUCGUCGGCAGGCUGGUGACGCCGUACGCCGAGACGGCCUUCGCGUACUUCAAGGUGCACCCUCUGGUGGGUGUUGGCAUCCUGGCUGUCCUGGCGGGAGGCUUGAAGGUCAUCACUUCCGGGGAGGAGGAGAAGGAGGAGACGAAGGCGGAGCAGAAGGAGGAGCAGAAGUAA